UUGCGAGCCACAUAUGACGUAUGUAAUGACGCUAUUACCCACAAUGCUCUAAGACGCGCGAAACUUGAGGAAAACAAACACUACAAGUUUAAAGUUAUUGAAGAGUGGAACGACAAAAAAAUGAGCAAGAAAGAUGUAGCGGCUGUUGCAAUCAUCCUCACUUACCUGAACGAGCAGAACCGACCUUACAGCUCUCAAGAUGUGUUUGGGAACCUGCAGAAGCAGCACGGCUUUGGGAAAACGGCUGUCGUCAAGGCAAUGGAACAGCUGGCCCAGGAGGGCAAGAUCCGGGAAAAGACUUACGGCAAGCAGAAGAUCUACUUUGCCGACCAGGCUCAGUUUACAGACGUGAGUGACAAUGACCUGAAGACCAUGGACACACGCAUCUCUGAGCUAAGCUCACACGUGCAGGAAGUCACACAGAGCUGCAGACAAUUGGACUCUGAGCUGAAGGAACUUAACAGCUCCUUGACCUCGGAGGAGAUGAGCUCAGAGAUCCAGGAGCUGAAGGGUGAGUGUGCCUCAUGCCUUGAGCGCCUGCAGAAGAUCAAGUCUGCAACCGAUCACGUCGCACCACAGGAGCGAGAAAAGAUUUGCAAAGCCAGGAAUCUGUAUGUGAAGGAAUGGAGGAAGAGGAAGAGACUGACACAGGACAUGAUGGGUGCGAUCUUGGAAGGCUAUCCAAAGACCAAGAAACAGUUUAUGGAGGAGGUUGGUGUGGAAACCGAUGAAUACCACGGAGUGACCAUACCUGCUAUUUAACAAAAUUGAGUGUUUGAAUGUUUGUCUUCUUUUCUUUGGUCACCAUGGAUACAUGCCACCGAGUAACUGCAAUAGUCUGUUUAAAAAAUCAGAGGGGAGGAGCAGUAGCACCAGCACUAGUCAUAACUCCUUACAUAGUGGCAGACUGGAAACUCAACUCCCAAAUGAGUUAAGUUCAAAUUAAGGCUUGAGGACUAAGCCUUUACCAGUUGAGGCUCAGGGUAUGGCAUGCAGUAGCUGGAUAUUAAGAAGGAAGAUGGUUGUAGACAGGAACGGUGAAUAAUGUUUAUUUCCAAUUACAAACGGUAUUCAUACAAAAAUAUUUAAAUUGCUCUCUUGUCAACAGCAGCAUACAACUACAAGAGUUUAUUUCCAGCACAUAAGGUUUGAACUCACACAAUAUUAAUUAGUAUCUAUAUAAUUAUUUCCCUUUAAGGUGUUGGCCAUUGUGUUUAAAAAAAAAAAAAUCCUGAUUACAUCGCUUAAAAAAAAAAUCACCCUUCAAGUUCUGCUGUUUUUGGAUUGUGCUGCAACAUUCUUUACAAUCAUAUAUUUAUUUUUGGUUGAAUUAAAAGUCAGCAUAAAAUUACAUGA